AUGGGACAUAAAAAUGAAACCUCGCGAGUAACGAGGAUAUGGAAUGCGUUGAGUUAUAAAAUUGGGUCAACGGUAGCCAGAUAUCCGGUAUUAACAAUAGUUUUAUGUCUCACUUUGUCGGCAAUUAUGAGCAUAAAACUGUCAUUGACGGAAAAAGUGAGUGCAAUUGAUGGAUAUGCCUCAGAUGACUCAAUGUCUCGACAUGAGUUCAAAACUUUUCAACAAUUUUUGGAUUCUGAUGGUCCUGGAAUCACUACUGCCAUUUUAAUAAGAUCCAAGAAAACGAAUGGAUCACUUCUGGAAGAGAAGCGUCUGAAAGAAGUUGUCAAAGUUUCUGAUUUUGUAUCUACCAACUUUAAAAUGAAUGUUUCUGGUGUUGAGAAAAACUUCAACCAAUUCUGUAGGGGAUUUUGCCAAGCGAAUGAACCCGUUCGGCAGUAUUAUGUAAGUUUUCAGUUUUCAGCUUAUUUUCCAGAUUUUUGUUUUCAGAAUGGUCUACAAAUCCUCGGAAAGAAUCAUACUGAUGGUAUCUCAAAACGAAUUGACCUUUCCUAUCCAACAUCCAAUUUCUUCGGCAGAAAGUUCAGUUUGAUUCCGAACUUCUUUGGAAUAUCAAUGUCUGCAGACGGAAAACAUUUGAAUUCGUCGAACUUGAUUGUUCUUUAUUUCCGAGCGGAACGGUAUCCGGAUUGGACAACUAAAACUGUUAAGCAAUGGGAAUUGAGAGUUAGAGAUCACUUCGCAAAAGAAUAUUCCAAUGAUUUGAUCAUUGUUGAUGUGAUGUCUCAAACUGUUGUAGAAAGUGAAAUCGUCCGAGCUGGUCUUUCUCUCCAACCCUUCCUCAUCGUUGGUUUCGUGAUCAUGUCCAUCUUCUGUACAGUAACCACAAUGUUCAGUGCAGUCUACCUGUAUUCUCAAAAAGCUACAUUCAACAAAGUUGCUCUUUCAAUCAUCGCUUGUGUCACUCCAUUCAUGGCUUGUGGAACUGCAAUGGGAAUUCUCUUCUUCUGUGGAGUCACCUUCAGUCCAAUCAUGUGUAUCACUCCAUUCCUAGUUCUUGCCAUUUCCGUUGAUGACAGUUUCCUGAUGCUUCAUGCUUGGAAUCGUCUUGAAUCUUGGAGAACUGCUCCAUUAGACAGACCAAUGAGAGAACAUAUGAUGGGAGAAGUUCUCGUGGAAACGGGACCAGCUAUCUCUAUUUCUGCGUUCACAAACAUGUUGGCAUUCACAAUCGGAGCACUGACUUCUCCUCCGGAAAUCCGAAUUUUCUGUUAUGGAAAUGCUGCUGCUAUAUUUAUGGAUAUGUUCUAUCAAGCUACAUUCUAUACUGCUUGCAUGACACUUCUCGCGGAUACCAAGGAUACAAAUGGUGUCAGUGAGAAAACGAAACGAAUCCAAGAUAAGAUGUCAAAUGUAGUGGGAAGAUUCUUGAAAUGGUAUGUAUCUGCAAUUUCGAACGUCUUUGUAUCCACCGGAAUCGUCUUGAUCUGGGCGAUUUUUAUCGGAUUCGCAGUUCUAGGAUUGAUAAGAUUACGCGUGGAAUUGAGACCGAGCAAGUUCUUCCUCAAGGAUUCUCCGAUGCUUUACAUGGAUAACAUGAGGACUAACGAAAUUGUUCCGUAUUAUACACCUGUUCAUGUCAUUGUUAAUCAUCCUGGAGACUUGAAAAAUGAUUCAAAUGUUGAAAGAUUGAUCGAGCUGAAAGAGAAGUUGGAGCACAUGCCGAACGCCAUUGGAGCACCGAGUACCAAAUUUUUCUUGGAUGAUUUUGUUCAAUAUCGGUCUGCUUUUGUGGAAGAAAUAGAAAUGGACGUAGAAGAAAAAGAUUCAGCACCAACGAAAAGCGAAAUUGAGCAGUUUUUGGAAUGGCCAGAAUUCUCAUUUUGGAGAGGAUUUCUGAGAUUCGACAACGAAACCCAUCCUCAAAAUGUUACAAAGUUCAUGUUCACAACAGGAUUCCAUGGUCAGGAUCUGAAGGAUUGGAAUAAGAGAGGACUUCUUCUGAAGAGUUGGAGAGGAGCUGUGGAAGAGUUUCAAAAAGAUUUCAAUGCGACAGUAUUCACAGAAGACGCAUUCUUCUUGGACAUGAUUGAUUCAAUUCCAACUGUUACUUGGCAAACAACACUUGCUACAUUUGUUUUUGUUUCGCUCGUCUGCUUCUUGUUUAUCUCGGACAUCCUGACAGUUAUCAUUGUAUCAGUGGCCACUUUGGUCACUUCUGUUGGUGUCUUUGGAUAUUUAUCCCUUCUGGGUGUCACUUUGGAUCCAGUUAUAAUGUCCAUUGCCAUCAUGUGCAUCGGAUUUUCCGUUGAUAUUCCAGCUCAUGUCGCUUUCCAUUUCUAUGCAGCUAAAGCCAAAAAGCAUGCUUCAUCUCACUCUCAACCAUCUCCACAUCAAGUUUCUGACGUCACAUCUCACUCGACAUCCACGACUUCGUCCACAGAUUCUUCAAUUUCAACCCCAAAUUCUUUCGAAACCAAUCUCACAUUUGCAUUGGCCAGUGUUGGAUUUCCAGUUAUUCAAGCUGGAGUUUCCACAGAUUUCUGCGCUCUUCCACUUGGAUUCAUGGAACUUUACAUGGCUAAAAUGUUUGCUCUUUCUCUGACUCUCUGCGUCUCGUUAUCUCUCAUUCAUGGAUUGAUCGUAAUUCCAGCGCUUUUAUCAGUCCAACAUCAUAUUGUUCAUGGUGUGAAGCGACUUUUUAGCAAAGGAAAUUAG